AUGUCGAAAGGCAAAGUGAGCUUGAAGCUUCUGAUCGACAUGAACAACCGAACGGUGCUCUUUGCUGAGGCAGGCAAAGAUUUUGUCGACUUCCUCAUCCACAUCCUCACGUUGCCGGUCGGACAGGUGAUCCGGCUCCUCACAAAAACUGGGAUGGUGGGCAGUUUAGGCAAUCUCUAUGGCAGCGUUGAGAAGCUGAACGAUGUGUCCAUCAAACCUUCCAAGAAAGACAUUCUCUUGAAACCCAAAGCACCCGCCUUUCUCUCCGAAAUCCCAUUUCUAUUGUUUGAUAAUCCUCCAGAUUCGACACCGAAAGCCUCCUACAGGUGCAAUUUCUCCGUUCCGUACAGUAACUGUUUGGGCUAUGUGGCCGACGACCCCUCUGCAAAAUGUCCCUGGUGUAAUAUUCCGAUGAACCUUGAAUGCAUACCUGUCAAAUCACCGGCUGCUUCAGCCGCUGAAUCUGAUGGUAAGGGCGGUUUCGUGCUAGGGGAGGUGACGUACAUGGUGAUGGACGAUCUGACGGUGGACCCUUCACCGUGGUCGACUAUUUCGAGCAUUACUUUGCUCAAGAAGUUCAACGUGAAGGAUAUUGGGCUUGUUGAGGAGAAGACGGUCAGUUUGGGAAUGGAUGAGGGUAUAAAGCUGCUGAGAAGUUCACUUCACUCCAAGAAAGUUCUCACUGAUGUCUUCCUCGGUGUGAAGCGAGAGAGAUGGUGAUCAACUUGGUGCCAUAAAAUUCCAAUUUCUCUUGAAUUUAUAUGUUAGUUUCUUAUUUUGUGACUAGGGUUAUGCAAGACUUUUA